UAUUAUACAUUUCCACAAUUAUGAGAUGGUCCGUGAAAAUUCUUGAUUACAAACUACUACUGGAUAAACCGGUGAAACUACUCCACCCAUCUCCACCCCAUCUCUCUCUCUCUCUCUCUAGCUCUUAUUCUGCUUGAACCAUUUGGUUAUGGAAGGAUCCCAUGCACUGCCUGUAAUAUUGUAAUCAAUUCAUCAAAAAUCUUUUAGUUUCUGUUUUGUUGUUUUUCUGAUAUUUCUUGCAGUUACAAUUUGACUGCACAUCCAGGGUUGAUAUGUUGCGCUAAAUUUCCAGGAACCAUAUUUUGGUCAGUUUUGCCUUUGUUCUCGUCAUUGUGGGGGGCAUUUAUAUCUACUCAGGAUACGAUGUCCAAACCCUGAGCGUUUGCCAGCCAUGUGACAAAAACUCUGAGCCACAAGUGAAGGAUGAAAUGAUGGAUGAAGUGAUGAAACAUUGCUUGGACGACAGGAGGUGGAGGAUCAGAGACCUACAAAUGCAAACUGGACUGAAAUACUCUCAGCCAAGCACAAUGAAUGGACGCACUGAUGUGAACUCAGUGACAAACUGGAAUGCUCCUCUGGUUUGGGAGGGGACCUUUGAUCCAGUGGUUAUUGAUGCAAUCUAUAAGAAGAUGGACCCAAGAAUUGCUGUGGUGGUGUUUGCUAUUGGCAAAUACACACGUUUCGUGAAGGGUUUCCUGGAGUCGGGUGAAAAGCACUUUUUUGUUGACUUCAGGGUCACUUAUUACAUCUUCACAGACAAUGAAAAAGAUAUGCCCAAAAUUGAACUGGGUAAAAAACGGAAGAUCUCACUGGUCACUGUUCCUAGUGCCAACCGAUGGCAGGACAUAGUACUUGGCAGGAUGAAAUGGGCCACCGUCACUAUCGACAAACAGAUCCGUAAUGAAGCAGAUUAUCUUUUUGAUGGACAUGACAGUGUCUUCCACAACCGCUCUGGCGAGAGUCUCUCAGUCAGCUUGUCUGCUGUGCUUCACCGUGGCUACUAUAAGGUCACAAGGGAUAUGUUUCCAUAUGAGCGUCGCCCCAAGUCCAAGGCCUAUAUUCCUGCUGAUGAAGGAGACUACUAUUACACUGCUGCUGUUUGGGGUGGAUACCUGGAGGACAUGUACAAGCUAGUCAAAUAUUGUUACAUGCAGUCAGAAGAGGACGCCAAGAAUAACAUUGAGGCUGUGUGGCAGGAGGAGAGUCACCUCAACAGGUACCUGUUGUACAAUAAACCAACUAAGGUGCUGUCUUCAGAGUACCUAUGGUCAGACUUUGAUCCAUUACCAGGAGACAUCAAAGUCGUCAGGAUUUCCCAGUUGGUCAAGAACUACGCAGAAGUGCGGCCCAACGGUGGACAAUGAUGUCAAAUCAAAGAUAUUCAGGAAACUACAUUCUUAAUAAAAAGCAAAAUGAAGAAGUAUUGGGCUAACUGGUGUGGGUUGAAUUUUCUAUUCUGUAUAAAUGAAGGCUUUCAAGUGGAUUUCAAUCUUGGAUAUAUAUGAAAAACAAAGAUUAAAACCACACUACAUGUGUACGGUCAGAUUAAAUGAUUGACUCUACCGCA